AUGGCUUCUAGUUCUAAUCAAGAUGGAAGCAAUGAUGUUGAAAAUGAACCAGUCCCACAAGGUGAAGAAUCUGAAGAUCCAAGCUUGGUAAAAAAGAGGCGAAAAACUUCUGCAGUUUGGAAUGAUUUCCAUGAAGUAGACAUCCCUAAUGUUGGGCGUAAAGCAGUUUGUAACUAUUGCAAACAAAAAUUUGCAACUGGUGGAGUUAGAGGUAGCACCAGUCAUCUAAGGAGGCAUUCACAAAAUUGCUUGACUAAGAAAUUGGACCAAUCAGGGAAGAAGCAGACCACUUUAACAUUCCAGCCUAUAGGUUCUACUUUGAAUCCUUUUCUUGCACCUAGAGGAAUGUAUACCAAUGAAAAGAUGAGAGAAAUUAUUGCUACUGCAAUUAUGAGUCACGAGUAUCCUUUCAGUAUUGUGGAGGACGAUGUUUGGAUGUGGGCCUUUAAGUUUGUGAAUGCUGAUUUUGAGAAAGUUUCGCGUAUUACUGUAAGAAGAGAUUGUAUUGCAUUAUAUGAGGCAGAAAAGAAAAGUCUGAAGGCUUUAUUAGGUAGUGUGAACAAGAUCAGUAUAACCACUGAUAUGUGGAAGUCUAGUCACCAAAUAGCUGAAUAUAUGGUCAUCACAUGCCAUUUUAUUGAUUCAGAAUGGAAAUUGCAAAAGCGAGUGUUGAGUUUUGUUAAGGUUCCCCUCCAAGCCUACAAUGAUGUUUGUAUAAGAAAUUUGAAAAGCACAUUAGCAAGAAACACUGACUUAGUCCUUGGUGGACAGCUAUUUCAUGUGAGAUGUUGUGCUCAUAUAUUGAAUUUGCUAGUGCAACAUGGUCUUAGUCAGAUCAAAGGUAUCAUUGAAAAUGUUCGUGAAAGUGUCAAAUAUGUUAAUCAUUUUGACUCAAGAUUGAAGACUUUCUGUGAUAUUGUUAAGAAGAUGGGUGUAAAAGAAAGGAAACGAGUUGUUGAUUGUCCCACUAGAUGGAAUUCAACAUAUGAAAUGUUGUAUGUUGCUUCUAAAUUUAAAGAUGUUUUUCCAGAAUAUAAAAAGUGGGAGCUGCAUUAUAAUUAUUUGCCAUCAACUGAGGAUUGGGAAAAGGUUGAAAAUGUAUGCCAUCUUUUAGAAGUUUUCACUCAUGCUACUAAUGUUAUGUCAGGUACUCAUUAUCCUACAGCAAAUUUAUAUCUUCCUGAAGUGUUUAGGGUGAAACAAGUGAUUAAUGUUGCAGCUGAAGACAAUUAUGAUUUUAUGAGAGGAAUGGCAAGGUUUAUGAAAGAUAAAUUUGAUAAAUAUUGGGGGAAAUGCAAUAUGUUGAUGGCCAUUGCUAGUGUUUUAGACCCACGAUGUAAAUUUCAUAUGGUGAAAAUUUGCUUUCCACUUAUAUACAAAUCAAAAUAUGAGGCACAAAUUAACAUAGAUAAGGUGAGCGAAGCUUUAGAAACUCUGUAUAAUGAAUAUUCAGCUCUAAGUUUGCAAGAAUCAUCCUCUGAUAGUCAAGUGGGAUCUAGCAUGAAUGUAUUCUCUUCUACUUCCUUUACUCAAGUUCCACGUGGCUCUACCUUUGGGUUUGACCAAAGCAUGAGCAUGGUGCGUGAAGAGGAAUAUAUUCCUACAGCAAAGUCAGAGUUGAAGUCAUAUCUUGUAAAAGGUGUUUAUGAAUAUCACGAAAAAUCUCAUCUUUCAUUUGAUGCCUUAGAAUGGUGGAGGAGUAAUAGCUUAAAGCAUAAAAUUUUAUCACAUAUGGCAAGAGACAUACUUGGUAUACCAAUCUCUACAGUAGCAUCAGAAUCAACAUUUAGUGAUGGAGGAAGAGUUAUUGAUGCUUAUCGUUCUAGCUUGGCUGAAGAUGCCAUCCAAGCUUUAAUAUGUGGUGGAGAUUGGCUACGUAAUAAGUACGACUUGAAGAAAAAACAAAAG